ACAACCAUUUACAGUUAGGUUACAUUUACAGGUUAGUCUUGGUAAUCCACAGAACGCGCUUUGAACAGUUUUCAUUGGGACUAUUUCUUUGUUAAAAGUAGUUCCACUGAAAGCCGUAGGUUGUUACUGUUCUUUAGAAACACGAAGACGUUGUAUCGGGCGACAGAUAUCGAUGUGGAAGUUCAGGUGUGAAUAUUUCGGAGGUGCACAUUCACAGGCACUGCUGACUCGCUGCCCUCGAUCUGCACCAACAUGAGUCCAAAAAACAUUGUUUUCAAGAAGGUCUGCAAGGACAAGUCGGUCGCAGUCUACAUGGGGAAGAGAGACUUUGUCGACCAUGUGGACUGUGUUGAUCCAGUGGAUGGCAUCAUCCUCGUUGACCUGGAGGCUCUGCAGGGGAGGAAAGUGUUCGUCACCCUGUCUUGCACCUUUCGCUACGGCAGAGAUGAUAUGGAUGUGAUGGGAAUCGCCUUCCGCAGGGAGCUGUUCCUGUCCACCCGCCAGGUGUAUCCACCUCUGCAGGACCGUGAGAAAGGAAUCCACACCAAGACGCAGGCCCGACUGCUGCGCAAGCUGGGAGAAAAUGCCUACCCAUUCUUCUUUGAGUUUCCUGACAACCUGCCUUGCUCAGUGGCUCUCCAGCCAGCGCCCAGUGACGUCGGCAAGCAAUGUGCAGUGGAGUUUGAGAUCAAAGCGUUCAGCGCUGAGAGUCAGGACGCUAAAGUCCGCAAACGGAGCUCAGUGAAGCUGAUGCUCAGGAAAGUCCAGUACGCCCCAGAGGGUGAGGGAGUGGCGCCCUCAGUUGAAACCACCCGGGACUUUGUCAUGUCUGACAAACCACUGCAUGUCAAGGCCAGUCUGGACAAAGAGCUUUACUACCACGGUGAAACCAUCAAGGUGUACGUCAACAUCACAAACAACUCCAACAAAAACAUCAAGAACAUCAUCGUCUCUGUGGAUCAGAUCUCCUCUGUGGUCUUGUACUCCAAUGACACCUACAUCAAAUCUGUGGCCAUCGAGGAGUAUGGGGACACGGUGUCCGCCGGAGCGACCCUGCAGAAAGAGUACAAGCUCCUUCCUCUGCUCGCCAACAACAGGGAGAGGAGGGGCAUCGCUCUGGACGGCAAACUGAAGCAUGAAGACACCAACCUGGCAUCAUCCAGCAUGAUCAAGGAGGGGGUGCAGAAGGAGGUGCUGGGAAUCAUGGUUUCAUACAGAGUCAUGGUGAAGCUCAUCGUUGGAGGGAUGAUGGGAUCAAGUGAGGUCGGCCUGGAGAUUCCCUUCAAACUGAUGCAUCCUAAACCUGAUGCAGUGAAGGAAAGUGAGAUGGAGGAGGAGAUGGUGUUCCAGGAGUUCAAGCGCUCCUACCUGAAGGGGAUAGUCUGCGACGACGAGGACGAAGAAGGAAAUGUGUCGGGUGGCGACGACAUGGCGCCCAAAGAGAAGUAGAGGAAAGAGUCAACCAGGGUGACGACAGCUGGGGGUUUGAGCUCAGAGUUUGUGCUAGAUAAAGAAUAGGUUUUAUUAAAGGACCAUGCCAGUGAUUUAGCAUCUUAGAGUAGCAUUUAGACAUAAUUCACUGUAAAUCAUUUUCCAGCACACGCUGUUUGGUCACAGUGUUCUUCAGUCUCACUGACACAGUGACAGUUUGAGGAUAAUCCAGUGGAAGAAGUAAACAGAAGACUUGGAUGAGACAGUUGUUAAACAGAUGUGAGGAGGUCAAAUAUGAAAUCUUUAUAACUUUCUUUUACCUGAUGUUUGUCUGCUAACGAGCAAAAACCACAGAUAUGGUCCUUCAGUUAAUAAAAAGCGUUAAGUAUCCCUUUAAUGCAGUUUGUGAAGAUAAUUUUUAGUGCUUUUAUACUGGACUGCAUGUCCAGAUCUGAAGUAACGUGAGACAACGUCAGGAGUCAUCUGUUCAGUGUGUCAUCAGCAGCUGCUGCUGGAGAUUUCUGGAUUGUUUCUGUAACAAUUUUAAAUGAAACACUGCACAGAAAGUUCUCAUAGAUAAUAUGGGAAUUAGUUUCAUGUGUUAAAUCAUCAUAUGACAGAAAUCAGAGGCAGAGAGUAGAUCAGGUGAGGCUCAGGAGGAAACGCUCAGACUGAUGCAUCUGAAGUAAAUCUGAAGUUGAGUUCAGAUUUAUUGUAGGAACAUUUUUAUAGAAGGCUACGUUUGAUUUGGCUUGUAAAGGAGAGGCGACGUUCUGUGUGGCUGCAGUUUGAACUCUGUGACAAUAAAAGCUGAUUGAUCCAUUCUUGCAUCAGCUGCUCUUUCUU